AUGGACAUUCACAUUCAGAUUCUCUCUGAUUUGCACCUUGAAUCCCCAAAGGCCUACGACCUGUACGAAAUCCCCCCCGAGGCACCAUAUCUAGCCCUCCUCGGCGACAUUGGAAACGUCGUCGCCCACAAGGAUGAGAUUCUCGCCUUCCUGACGAGACACCUUCGUCAAUUCAAGGCUAUCCUCUUCGUUCCGGGGAAUCAUGAAGCAUACCACUCGAGCUGGGAAGAAACCGUCGCUGUCCUGAGUGCGUUUGAGGAACAACUCGGUCGCGACAGUUCCCUUGGUCGCUUUGCGGUGCUUGAUCGCGGGACAUUUCGGCCCCCCGGGUCGGAUACUGUCAUCCUGGGCUGCAGUCUUUUCUCUCAUGUCCCUCAGGAAAGCCAGAUGGCGGUAGAGAUGGGCCUCAGUGAUUUCUUCCACAUCCGAGAUUGGACUGUGGUGGAUCACAAUGACGCCCAUCGGCGCGAUCUUGCCUGGUUAAAUGGCGAGGUGGCCAAGCUAGAGGACGACCAUGAUACCACCAAAAUCGUCAUUCUUACUCACUGGAGUCCGUGUCGGCUCCCUGGCGCUGUAGAUCCCAAACAUAUGAGGAGCCCUAUUACCAGUGGAUUUUCCACCAACCUAGCCAACGAACGAUGCUAUAGUAGCGUCAAGGUCAAGCUAUGGGCUUUCGGGCACACGCAUUACAACUGCGAUAUUGAGACGGAGCGAGACGGUGGUGCGGGGAUGCUAAGGCUACUGGCUAAUCAGCGGGGAUAUUACUUUGCGCAGGCUGAUGGGUUUGACGUUGGAAAAACCAUCCGACUGUAG